AAUUUUAUUUGUGUUGUACGAGCAGCGAGCCGCCGCUAGAGCGCUGACGACGCUUUUUCUUCUUAUUUCUUGUUUGAUUCGCCUCUCGACCCGCUAGUGCCGCUAGCUCCUUUCCCUUCUCCUCACUGCAAGAAAACGUGAUUUGCGUGCUGGCUCGGUGUGUCGGUCAUGUCGAGCAAAUGUUGUGCUGCAAUCACGGUCCGGAGACCUUCACGGAUUCAGUCUGUGAGCGCGUUUCCCCGGGGUGCAGCCUAGUAAACAUGUCACGGAUCGGGAGGCCAGGCUCGUACCUGUACGAGGUCCUGUCUUCGAUGAUCCAGAGCAACGUCGACUACUUCAAGUACGUGAACACGGAAGCGGGCAACAAAAUCCUGGCACAGUUAAUGUCUAUGCAACAACUGCUCCAGUGGAUCGAGACCUCGGCGACCAGUAUCACGAGCUCGGCACAUCUGUACGACUUUGACAGCGAGACGCCGGCCAACGGUUUUCGGAGCUUCAUCACCGUCGUGGACAGGUUCAUUCUUCUCGCGACCAAGCUGUGCAGGACGAUAUGCAUGAAGCGCGACUCGAUUUUCUUCCGAAGCGAGAGCUGCCUGAAAGAAUUGGAGGACCACGUCGGCAUCUUGCACGGCCUCAAAAUCGGCAUGGCGCUGCUCGAACGAAUGAUGGAGAACACCGACCACGGCAGUCUCUUCGUCAGCAUGGAAUUCAACGAGCUAUUCAACGAAUGCGACAGAUUCGACCCCACGAGCUUCUACGGGCGGAGUAUGGGAUUUUACUACUGUGAUCCAAUGAGGCGCACCUUGAAGAAGGGUCAUGCUGUCCUUUCGGCAUACCGGGACUAUUACUACCAGACGGGCAGAGGUUUCGGCGACACCACGUCACUGCUCUGGGGAUUCGGCAAGUACAGCAUGGACCCCGAGCUGAGGUCCAAACAGAUGGUGGAAAUGCGAAAGAACGUACAUACAGACUUCCUCAAGGCCAUGUGGUCGAUCAACGAACAGGCUAUUUUUAAGAAGGUGAACAAGUUUGUCUCACCCUCACUGCCGGUCUGCAUUGAUGUGGUUGUGCCUUCAGAAUGUCUCACCUUGCCCAAGGCGCAUGAUCCCUCUGUCACAGUGGAGAUCCCUGUUCCAUUCUCGCACGGCCCUGCGAGCCCCAUUCACUGCCGCUUCCUCUCUUCGUCGGUCAGAGAGGGAAUGCAAUCAAUUCUACCCAGCAACCUGAUUAAUUCAAGCAAUGUGUUGCCACCUUCCCAUGGCCUCAUUUUGCACUUCCAUGGUGGUGGAUUUAUUGCGCAGACGGCAGAGUCUCAUGAGGUUUACCUGAGGGACUGGGCAAAGCUGGUCAACGUCCCCAUUCUGUCCGUGGACUAUGCCCUGGCGCCAGAGUUCCCUUACCCAAGGGCCUUGGAAGAAGUGGCUUUCGUUUACGCCUGGGUUCUUAACAACUGCCAGAAGCUCGGCUGGACAAGCGAGCGUAUCUGUGUGGCCGGGGACAGUGCAGGAGGCAACCUGUGUCUGGUACUUUGUCUGCGCUUAAUAGAGAUGGAACUGCGAACUCCAGACUCCAUGUUCUGUGCCUACACACCCACCAUGCUGAAUGCCCAUCCCUCCCCAUCCAAGUUGUUGACCUGCAUGGACCCACUCAUUCCACUGGAGUUCCUGCUCACAUGCGUCCACGCCUACCUUGGCAUUGGCAAGUCCUGCAGUCAGGUCGAAGAAGUCGGCACUUCCGACCACAAUCACGAGAGCAUUUCGUCGUUGCACGAAAGUGGCGAAAGGGUACACAGAGAAGUUGAUGGGUGGCCAGAUGACUCUAGGGAUUCUGCUGUCAAAGAACAGUCGCAUCCGGAGCAUACUGGAGAUCAGCGGCAUCCCGUUUCGGCCGAGCUGAGGUCCAAGGAGCUCGACAGUCCCGUCCAAAAUUGCGGAGACUCCGUGGAAGCCACACGUUUGGAUCUCCUUGAGCAAGACAAUGCAGAGGAGCACGUCAUCUUCGAAAUUCCUCCAGACUCUUCCGCGUCUCUGAAGCAGAAGGCAGCCGGAAAGCAGAGUGCGGGUAAGGCCUCCACCUCAUCUGCAAAGCAGAGGGCGCCCAAAACACCCAGGAAUGAGCUGCCCUGGUUUCACGCAAAUAACCCACAACGCCUGAAAGUCUUUGAGGCUCUGGUGUCGCAAGCUGCAGACCCCCUCCUGUCGCCUUACCUGGCUCCGGACAAACUUCUGAAGAAGUUGCCUCCUGCCUACUUCUUGUGCCUGCACCUGGACCCUGUCCUGGAUGACAUGGUGAUGCUUGCAAAGAAGCUUCGGUCCCUGGGAUGCAGCGUCCGCAUUGAGGUGCUGGACUCCUUGCCCCAUGGGUUCCUCAACCUGCUCCCUCGUGGGAAAGAAGCCCAAGAAGGGAUGCAACGCUGCAUUAACAUGUUGCGCCAUGCCCUCAACAUGGAGUUGCUCGGAUGCAAGUAGCCCAAAGCCAGUCUACUCUUCUGUUGCCUUGCGGCGUGCAAGGGAGUCCAGUUGUUUACUCCAUUCACUCAAGAAUGACCGUUCAUGUUCUGUGAAGAGUUAACCUCUCGUUGUGUCGAAGCAUUUGCUCCUAUUUUAUACAAGCUACAAUGUGGAUAUGACGAUGAAAUGUCUUCUCAAAGGGACCGCAUAAAUCAGUCCCUUAACGUUUUGAGUCUCGGUUUUCUACGGAGGUGUCUAUAGGUGGCACAUUUAUUAUUUGAGUGUAUGAAUAUAUCAACUUGCCCAAGUAAAAAAAAAAAAAAAAAACUUUUUUUUAUGAAUAAACAAUUAGCUUAGCCUUUUCUUCUUUUUUUUUUUUUUCUGAAAUCAUUAAGGAGAAUUUUGCCAUCUAUUACGAUGGAGGUAAAGAAAGGAAAUGAACUUUGCUUAGAUUUUAGUCUCUUUAUUUUUCCAAAAUGAGUUUCAGUGACCCACCAUCUCAUUUUAUGGUUUGGCACCAUCCGAGCUUAGCCCACAGCAGUGGUUAUCAACCACUGAUGUUUUGGGACCCCUUCUGGAUCAGCAGAAGUGAUGGGAAACCUCAUCUUCCCAGGGGGAGGAUUAAGAAUGAUUAAGAUUUAAAAAAGGGUAAAUAAAGAAAACUAAAUGCAUACAAGCCAACUUUGAAGCUCUGAAACAUAGUCUAAUCAACCCCACUUACUCGGUGUGCAUGUAAAAGGGUCACCGUCAAUUAAAAAAAAAAAAACUUUAUUGCUUGAUUGAGGGUUUCAGGGAUAUGAAAAGAUCCGCGGAUCCCCAUUUGAGAACCGUCGGCCUAGAGGAAAAAAGAUAUUUCUUGUCAUAUUUUACUUGGGCCAAAUCAUCCUUCUAUAUUUUUAUUUAAAAAAUGUGCCAUAAGAUUACACCCCCAUGCCAAAUUAUGUCAGUCUCUUAAAAAAACGAUUUAUGCGGUCCCUUCAACGGGCCAUUGGUUUCAGAUUGUGCUUUUAAAGAAAUGUUGAGAUGAAAAGGAAAAGAGGAAAAAAUUACGAAAAGUUUUACACUGUGCCUACUUGAAAUAUUUUUUGAUCAUUCUAGAUUUACUGCCAGAUGCCAAACUUUGACUUAACCAAAACAUAGCUUUUGGCCAAGCUGUUUUCGAAGUGAAGCAGGCUGUAAAUUUUGUUGUCUGUUUAAGAGAUGCUGCAAUAGUUCUGGGACUGCUUCUGAGUGUGACCAAUGACUUUUUAAUGUGAUCUACUAACAGGGUAUCUUAAGACACUUUUCCAGACUUCUUAUCUCAGCAGGAGAUUUAUUGGUCUUAAACUUGUCUGGGUUACUAACAAGGUCUCAGUGCUUUUACCAGUUGGAAGAGAAAGAAAAAAACUGCUGGAAUGAGCUUUUUUAUACUCACACAUUUUCAUUUCUGUAUACACUAUGCUCAUCUUACUUGCAGGUCUGUUCACUAAUAGGUGUAGAUUUCUCUUUCAUUGUAAGUAUUGAAGGCCACUGUUGUGAAAAAAAUAGCUUUCUUUAUUUUCUGGAUUCUUACAGUUGGCGUGCACAAUAUGGCAUCCUGUUUCGAUAACAGUCUUGUCGUCAUAGGUACAUAUCCUCUGGCACUUCUUCUUUUGAGAGCAAAGCUAUGGAAAUCGUAAUCGCUAAAGCCUCAUUUUUGUGUAGGUUUCAUCUGUACGCUAUAUGCUAUAGAUAUGUUUGAGUGAGCUUGUUUCUGUUGACUUGCAGAAUUUCCACUCUUGUUAACAUGUCUGAGCACUUUUGUUGAAUGUUUAAAACAGAACUUUGCCUUGUGGUUUCAAUGUGCAAAUGAAUGUCUUGCUGGUGGCCUAGGGGCUAAUUUUCUGAGCUAUUAACCACUUUAAUUUUCGAAGCAGCAGCUGUACCAAUCAGUAGUAUCUGUUGCUCAAAGUUUAUGUUGACAUAGUGAUAAAUAUUUUAUCAUUGCAUAAUUAUUGUUGCGCUAUAAUUCUAAUCUAUUUUAAUGUCAAUUUCCUACAUGUGAAGCAAUGCAAUCAAGUUUGAGACUUUACUGUACAAGAUAUCCCGUCCUCGCGACAUCCAAAAAUGCCUUUGUACUUUGAAGAGGUGUAUAAAAUGUUAAGUAUGAAA